ACGCCGGCGCCAGGGAGGACUCCGCGCGACGGGUCACGUGAGAGGGGAGAGAAGAUGGCGGCGGGCGGGCUGUGCGCGAGGAGCAGCAGAGAAUUGUGGACAAUUCUUCUGGGCAGAUCAGCUUUAAGAGAACCAGCACAGAUUGCAGCAGAAUUGAACAAGCACUGGCAGAGAUUGUUAGAGGGACUUUCAUACUAUAAACCGCCAAGUACGACUUCCGCAGAAAAAAUAAAAGCUGAUAAAGAUGUAGCUGCUCCACUAAAAGAGUUGGGUCUGAGGGUCAGCAAGUUUUUGGGUCUGGAUGAAGAGCAGAGCGUGCAGUUGUUACAGUGUUAUCUCCAAGAGGAUUACAGAGGAACAAGGGACUCCCUCAAGACAGUUCUUCAGGAUGAAAGGCAGAGUCAGGCUCUGAUGCUGAAGCUUGCUGACUAUUACUAUGAAGAGAGGAUCUGCAUUCUGCGCUGCGUCCUCCAUCUGCUCACCUAUUUUCAGGAUGAGAGGCACCCUUACACAGCACAAUACUUCCAAUGUGUUGAAAAGUUGGACAAGGAACUAGUUCCUAAUUAUCGGAAACAGUUUGAAGCGCUGUACAAAGCAGAAGCUCCUACAUGGGAAACACAUGGAAAUCUCAUGACAGAACGUCAGGUUUCCCGUUGGUUUGUGCAAUGCCUCCGUGAACAGUCCAUGCUCCUGGAAGUCAUCUUCCUCUACUAUGCAUACUUUGAAAUGGCACCUGAUGAGCUUCUGGCAUUUGCAAAGAUGUUCAAAGAGCAGGGAUUUGGCACUAGACAAACCAACAGACAUUUGGUAGAUGAGAGCAUGGAUCACUUGGUGGAUCGUAUUGGCUACUUUAGUGCUCUUAUUCUGGUGGAAGGCAUGGAAAUCGACUCCCUCCAUGAGCGUGCUUUGGAUGACAGGACAGAGGAGCACAAGUUAGCCAAUAAUGAGCGCAUCCACCAGGAGAUGGACAAUCAGCUGCUGCAGUUAGGGGAUGUCUCACAUCAUGCUCCAGUGCUUUUGGCCUGGGCUCUUCUCCGUCACACUGUAAACCCAGAGGAGUCAGCAAACAUUAUCAGGAGAAUGGGCAGCACCGCUAUCCAGCUGAAUGUUUUCCAGUAUCUGACAAAGCUUCUGCGAUCGCUGAGCAGUGGGGGGAAGAAUUGUACUGCCAGCACAGCUUGUAUGUGUAUUUAUGGGCUUCUUUCCUUUGUCCUGACAUCACUGGAACUACAUACAUUGGGCAAUCAGCAGGAUAUAAUUGAUGCUGCGUGUGAAGUUCUGGCAGCUUCCAGCAUUCCUCAGCUCUUCUGGAAGACGGAACCUACUGCAGGUCUGGGUAUUAUCCUGGAUAGUGUGUGUGGGAUGUUCCCCCAUCUUCUUACUCCUCUCCUUCAGCUGCUCCAAGCCCUUGUGUCUGAUAAAUCUACUGCAAAAAAGGUGUACAGUUUCCUGGAUAAAAUGUCGUUCUAUAUCGAAUUGUACAAGCAUAAACCUCCUGAUGUUAUCUCUCAUGAAGAUGGCACGCUUUGGCGAAGACAGGCUCCAAAGCUCCUCUAUCCUCUUGGAUUAGGUCAAACAAAUCUGCGGAUACCUCAGGGAACAGUGGGCCAAGUGAUGCUGGAUGAUCGGGCGUAUUUGGUACGAUGGGAGUAUUCCUACAGCAGCUGGACACUGUUUACCUGUGAGAUUGAGAUGCUGCUCCAUGUUGUAUCGACAGCAGAUGUGAUUCAGCAUUGCCAGAGGGUCAAGCCAAUAAUUGAUCUGGUUCAUAAAGUCAUCAGCACUGAUGUAUCGAUAGCAGAUUGCCUUCUGCCAAUCACGUCACGAAUCUACAUGCUCCUGCAGAGGCUGACAACUGUAAUCUCUCCCCCUGUGGAUGUUAUUGCUUCUUGUGUCAAUUGUUUGACAGUACUGGCUGCUCGGAUGCCAGCCAAGGUUUGGACUGACCUUCACCAUACAGGGUUCUUACCAUUUGUUGCCAAUCCAGUGUCUAGUAUGAAUCACAUGAUUAGUGCAGAGGGAAUGAAUGCUGGGGGCUAUGGAAACCUAUUGAUGAGCAUAGAACAGCCCCAAGGCGAGUACAGCGUUACCGUCUCCUUCCUGAACCUCAUCACAACACUUGUCCGGGGACAACUUGGUAGCACCCAGAGCCAAGGACUUGUGCCUUGCAUUGUGUUUGUCCUGAAGGAGAUGUUACCAAAUUACCACAAAUGGCGUUACAACUCUCAUGGAGUGAGAGAGAAAAUUGGAUGCCUUAUUCUGCAGUUGAUCCAUGCUAUACUGAAUUUAUGCCCUGAAAUGGAUCCUCGCAGCAGCAAUGCCCCCAGCCUUCAGUCCUUGUGCAUCUUCAGCCUGGCCAACACUGAAGCAGGGCAAGCUGUCAUUAACAUCAUGGGAAUUGGUGUGGACACUAUUGAUAUGGUAAUGGCCUCCCAGUCUAGUAGUGACGAGUCACAAGGCCAAGGUCAACUGCUAAUCCAAACAGUUAAGCUGGCAUUCUCGGUUACCAAUAAUGUCAUCCGGUUGAAACCUCCUUCUAGCGUGGUAUCUCCAUUAGAACAGGCACUUACUCAGCAUGGUGCUCAUGGAAACAAUCUUAUUGCGGUCUUGGCGAAAUACAUCUACCACAAGCAUGACCCUGCACUUCCACGCCUGGCCAUCCAAUUGCUCAAACGACUGGCUACGGUUGCUCCCAUGUCUGUUUACGCCUGCCUUGGUAGUGAUGCUGCUGCCAUCCGUGAUGCCUUCCUCACCCGCCUGCAGAGCAAGAUUGAGGACAUGCGUAUUAAGGUCAUGAUACUGGAGUUCCUCACAGUCGCGGUGGAGACACAACCUGGGCUCAUCGAGCUGUUCCUGAACUUGGAAGUGAAGGAUGGUAGUGAUGGAUCAAAGGAAUUCAGCUUAGGGGAGUGGAGUUGCCUCCAAGUAGUCUUAGAGCUGAUAGACUCCAAACAACAGGAGAGGUACUGGUGCCCUCCCCUCUUGCAUCGUGCUGCCAUUGCCUUCCUGCAUGCUCUGUGGCAGGACCGUCGAGAUAGCGCCAUGCUAGUUUUGAGGACAAAGCCAAAGUUUUGGGAAAAUUUAACCAAUCCCCUCUUUGGGACCCUUCCUCCGCCUUCAGAAUCAUCAGAGCUGAGUGUCUUGGAUACCUGUGCCUUAAUAAUGAAAAUAAUCUGUUUGGAGAUCUACUAUGUUGUCAAGGGCUCACUGGAUCAGUCCCUGAAAGACACGCUGAAGAAUUUCUCCACCAAAAAGCGCUUUGCCUAUUGGUCAGAAUAUGUGAAGUUACUGGCAUAUCACGUGGCAGAGACAGAGGGCAGCAGCUGUGCCUCCGUGACAGAGUAUCAAAUGCUGAUCUCAGCCUGGCGGAUGCUGCUCAUAAUCUCUACUAGCCAUGCGGAUAUAAUGCAUCUGACUGAUUCUGCAGUUCGUCAGCAAUUAUUUCUGGAUGUACUAGAUGGGACCAAGGUUUUGCUUCUAGUUCCCAUGUCAGUAUGCUGUCUGCAGCUGGGGUCUAUGCUAUGUACCCUUCUUCUGAUCCUGCUCAAACAGUGGAAGAGCGAGUUGGGUUCUGUGGAUAAAAUCAUAAACUCCUUGACGCAGAUUCUGGAGGGAGUGCUACAGGCAGAUCAGCAGAUGAUGGAGAAAACCAAAGCCAAAGUGUUCUCAGCUCUUAUCACUGUGCUGCAAAUGAAGGAGAUGAAAGUGAAUGAGAUCCCACAGUACUCCCAGCUGGUGUUGAGCGUGUGUGAAACACUCCAAGAUGAGGUCAUUGCACUCUUUGAUCAAACUCGACACAGCCUGACCUUGGGAGAUGCUGCAGAUGACAAGGACAGCAUGGAAACAGAUGAUGCCUCUCGAGUUAAACACAAGGACCAGCGAGAUGGGGUGUGUGUUCUGGGUUUGCAUCUGGCUAAAGAGCUCUGUGAAGUUGAUGAAGAUGGAGAUUACUGGCUACAAAUUACUAGGAAAGUCCCUGUGCUUCCUACUAUCUUCGCCGCGUUAGAGAUCAGCCUCAGAGUUAAACAAAACCUUCACUUCACAGAGGCCUCAUUACAUUUACUGCUGACCUUAGCAAGGACUCAACAGGGAGCAGCAGCAGUGGCUGGAGCUGGUGUCACACAGAGUGUCUGCCUGCCCCUCUUGAGCGUGUACCAGCUCAGCAGUAACGGAGCUGUUCAGACAUCUGCUUCAUCUCGAAAGUCGUUGGAUGCCCCAUCUUGGCCUGGGGUCUAUCGUCUCUCAAUGUCACUGAUGGAGCGCCUUCUUAAAACACUUAGAUACAACUUCCUGACAGAAGCUCUGGAUUUUGUUGGUGUCCAUCAAGAGAGGAUUCUGCAGUGCCUGAAUGCAGUACGGACAGUACAGAGCUUGCCCUGUCUGGAGGAGGCCGAUCACACUGUUGGUUUCAUUCUUCAGCUCUCAAAUUUCACAAAGGAGUGGCAUUUCCACCUGCCACAGCUCAUGAGAGAUAUGCAGGUGAAUCUGUGUUACCUGUGUCAGGCCUGUACCUCCCUCCUGCACAGCCGCAAAAUGCUCCAGCACUACCUGCAGGUGAGGAUGGGGACCCUAAACCGAACUACAAAAAAUGGUGAUUCCCUUCCAUCAAGUGUGACUCCCCGAGUGCAGCGUAAUCCCCAAGCCUCCUCCAAACAUCCCAGCCCUGAGUCAGAGGCAGCGGAAGAGAAAGCGUUGCUUACAGUCCAGUACAGCCUCUUGAAAAUCCUCAGCAAAACUCUUGCUGCCCUGCGCCAUUUCACCCCUGAUGUCUGUCAGAUCCUCCUUGAUCAGGUAGAGAAAGAGGAGAGAAGCUGCUCCCUGACGGGGGCGGUUUCCAGCAUGCCAAGUGAUGUUCUGGGUCUGUGUGGACCCCACCAUACAUCUCUCAGUUGCUCAGCUGCACAAAGCAGGAAGUCGCUGGACCUUGCCGAGUACAACGUGCUCUUCAUUUUGAGUUUUGCCACACCAGCCUUUGAUUCGGAUGUCGCACCUUGCUUUGGGACCCUCCUCGCCACAGUGAACGUGGCCCUUAACACGCUGGGAGAGCUGGAUAAGAAGAAGGAACCUUUCCCUCAGGCUGCAGGGCUGAAUAUGCAAGAGGGAACCAAAACCCUCAAGUCUCUGCUCAUGUUUACAAUGGAAAACUGUUUCUACCUGCUCAUCUCCCAGGCUGUUCGGUUCUUGAGAGACCCAGCUGUGCACCCCCGUGAUAAGCAGCGGAUGAAACAGGAGCUCAGCUCUGAGCUGAGUACGCUGCUCUCUAGCCUGUCUCGUUACUUCCGCCGCGGUGGUCCCUCUUCACCUGCCAGCGGGGUUCUUCCCUCUCCCCAAGGAAAGUCGGCCUCCAAGCUGGGUCCUGAGGGGCAGGAGCCUUUGUUUCAGCUCGUGCAGGCCUUUGUCCGGCACGUGCAGAGAUAGAUUCCGUCCUGCCCCUGCCUCCCUUCUCAGGACUUGCAGCGGAACGAUUCAUCUCCACCGCAGAAGGCAUCACUGUUGGCAGAGCUCGUAACAAGGACUGGGAAAGGGAGGGAGGCCUGGUGUGGGCAGUGGUGUAAACCCAGCUGUAACAUCAGCAGCGAGAUCCUGUUGAACUCUUGCAGCCCAGUAGCAGAGUGAAUGUAAGGAGAGCCGCGUGCGGCCCUUCAGCCAUCAGCCCACGUGCACAGCCUGCCCGCUCUACCUGCCAGAGCAUCCUGGCGGGGUGCAAGUGCUGAACUCUCAAAACCUUUAUUUUUAUAGCUUGUACCUCAGCUGGGGAAGCUGUGGCUGGGUGGAGAGAGGAGACAAACUUUCCGCUGGGCAUUAACUCUGCUCUUAACACAAGGUGCAAUCUGCCUCUCCCUUGCAGUCAGAGUCCAGUUAAGGCACAACCAAGGGAUCAGCCAGCAAUUCAGAGACCAUCUUUCUACUGCUAUUUUUGUACUGAAUGGUUCAAGGCAAGAUGGUGUAUGUGUGCUCACGCCUUCCCUUCGCCCUGCAGUCUGUGUGUUGUGUGUGUUUCUGAAGAGCAAGGCCUCACUCAAGGUUUUUAAGUCAAAAUUCCAUUGUUCCAGUUCUUGCAGUUUUUUGUAACUGUGCCCUAUUUAUACUGAUAUUAAAACCUUUAUAGACAGCA